AUGAGGGGCCUCUACGCGUUUGCAGCCCUAAUUGGCCUGCUGUGGGCGCAGGGCGGAGUGCCCGACCUCUGCGACGAGGUCCGUUUCCAGAGCUGCACCGUCAACCUCGGCGAGUUCUGGGGAGCCGACCCUAACGCCAUCUGGGAGUCGCCAGCCCUGUUCGCCGAGACGAUCAACCAGCGCUUCUUGGCCCCGUACGAUUUGAGCAACCUGGUGAAGGUGUGCAAUGGUCUGUCGCUGUUCUAUCAAUGCUUGUCGCAGAGGAACCUUGGGGCUUGUCUUGGACCCCUUGGAUGGGUGGCCAGGAAUCGGGCACCGAUCAUUGCUUAUGCUUUCGAUGGGAUGCUGUCAUCGCUACAGUUCCAGUGUGGACCGGGAAUGAAUUCCCUCAUCUACGCUCCGAACGUAACCGCCUGCCUGCAACGCGUUACCGUCAACUAUGACGCCCAGAUCAAGGACUUCUACCGUAGCUUCGAGCUGAACGUCACCCACGACGUCAACAACGCGUGCACCUACGGCCAAACCCUCGUCAACGGCAUCUCAUCCAUCUACGCCAGCGGACCGUGCCUUGCCUACAGGGGCCACGCCCAGUGGUACUCGUGCGAGAUGACGAGGAACUACGUCUUCUCCCAGUUCCGCCACUGCCAACACCAGAUCUCGUGCCCGAAGGACGUGACUUCGGAGACUGACUUCAGCAGCGUUGUUCGCCACGAUGAGCACGGCAACCCCUCGUUCCUGCUCCCCGCGCAUUGGGAUAAGGACUCGUCGGGAAACUGGGUGAUGGCGCCCGCCAAGUGGAUC